AUGAUGUUACCAAGCCCGGUCACCUCCACCCCUUUCUCAGUCAAAGACAUUUUGAAUCUGGAGCAGCAGCAGCAACAGCAUUUCCACGGUGCGCACUUGCAGGCGGACUUGGAUCACCACUUCCACUCGGCGCCCUGCAUGCUGGCCGCCGCUGAGGGGACGCAAUUUUCUGACGGAGGGGAGGAGGACGAGGAAGAAGAGGGAGAGAAACUGUCCUAUUUGAACUCACUAGCUACAGCCGACGGCCACGGGGAUUCGGGGCUCUGCCCCCAGAGCUAUGUCCACACGGUCCUGCGAGACUCGUGCAGCGGGCCUAAGGAACAAGAAGAGGAGCCCGAGGUCCUGAGGGACCGGAGCCAAAAAAGCUGCCAGCUGAAGAAGCCUCUGGAGGCGGCCGGAGACUGCAAGGCAGCGGAGGAGAGCGAGAGGCCGAAGCCACGCAGCCGCCGGAAGCCGCGGGUCCUCUUCUCGCAAGCCCAGGUCUUCGAGCUGGAACGCAGGUUCAAGCAGCAGCGGUACCUGUCGGCCCCCGAGCGCGAGCACCUCGCCAGCAGCCUGAAGCUCACGUCCACGCAGGUGAAGAUCUGGUUCCAGAAUCGCAGGUACAAGUGUAAGAGACAGCGGCAGGACAAGUCUCUGGAGCUGGGCGCGCACGCGCCCCCGCCGCCGCCGCGCCGCGUGGCAGUGCCGGUGCUGGUGCGGGACGGCAAGCCGUGCGUCACGCCCAGCGCGCCAGCUUACGGCGCGCCCUACAGCGUGGGCGCGGGCGCCUACUCCUACAACAGCUUCCCUGCCUAUGGCUAUGGGAACUCGGCAGCCGCCGCCGCCGCCGCUGCUGCUGCAGCCGCCGCCGCUGCGGCCUACAGCGGCAGCUACGGCUGUGCGUACCCGGCAAGCGGUGGCGGCGGCGGCGGGGCCUCCGCGGCGGCCUCGGCCAUGCAGCCCGCCUGCAGUGCGGCCGGAGGCGGCCCCUUUGUGAACGUGAGCAACCUGGGCGGCUUCGGCGGCGGCGGCGGCGGCGCGCAGCCGUUACACCAGGGUGCGGCGGCUGGGGCCGCGUGCGCGCAGGGCACCUUGCAAGGCAUCCGGGCCUGGUAG